AGUGCAGUUUAGUGCAGUUGACUGAUUUACUGAUUUGGUUAAUUUUGAAAUGAUAAUGUUUCAUUCUGUUUUUACUUGUCAUUUCAAAGACUAUAUUUAAACAAUACUACACUUCAUUAAAAAUGUAUGUGAUCAUUUAACAAUUAUCAUUCAAUAUUGUAUUUAUCUUGUUUAUCAUGGGUCACAUAAUAUGCUGCCAGAUCAAAGCCUGAUUUGGGCCAGAUGAUCACUGGACUGAUCUGGGCCACACUCCUCCCUCCUACAAUCGGCCCUAAUAUUGUUUGCCGUGAUCCACGCCGUGCCAUCAUUGUCACACAUGGCCCAUCUCUGGCUGAAAGGGUACAUGCCAUUGCUGACAGGAGGCCAGCAGUGCAAGCUUGAGGCCACAUUUGGGCCAAGUCCGUUUGCUAUGUGGGUGUCUACAUAGACAGCAUUUACCAAACGGCUGUCUUCUAAGAUAGCUUGUUUUGGCCAAAUUGGAGUGCUGUCUGCUGGGUUGCUGCCUACGAAGUGCCCUCAUAAGUUUCCUUGACAGUAAGCAUGCAGUAAACAUUAAGAAAGCUUGCUGUGUUUUGAAGCAGAGCUGGUGUGUGUGAGGAUCGCUCCUUAGUCAUGAUUGAUAGUGUUGUGACUGUGAGUUACAGACGGAGGGAUUCCCGGCACACUGCACCACAGAUUACUACAUUAGUAUUAAUAGAGUGCUGUUUUUCUUUAUUUGGCAUAUUGCUCAUGUUACGGUGUAGACACUGCCCGUUUCGCUGUCGGUGGCUGGUUGUUUUUUUCUCUGUCGUUCUUUCUGUCUCUCUUGAAACUCAGUCUAGGUUUUCUCUUUGGUGAAGAGCAGCAGAAGUACAAAAGGACCGUCUCUUGUGUAAAGCAGCAAGGCGUACAGUACAUGGGGUCCAAAAGUCUGGAAAGCUAUUUUUUUCCAUAUUGUACAUUGGAUUGAAAAAUGAAGGACAGCAGAUGAUUCAGCUACCGUGGGCACAGUGGUGGUGAGCCGGAUGAAGAUGGGUGAGAUCGAGGAUGGUGAGGUGGACCACAUUACCGCCGACAUGCACCAGAAGUGCACGCUGGUGUACGAGUCGUCACAUGGAAGGAUUAAUGACAAAGAUAACGGACCAAUAAUGAAUGCCGUGUUUAAGAACGCGGUGUGUAAGGUCUACAGGUUUCAGACGGUGGACAGUAAAGGGAUGUUGGUUCGGGAACAGAUGGCGGAGUGUACGCUGUCCUUCAGCAUCCCGAAGCAGCUCAUUGCCCUCUACAUUCAGGAGGACACCUGCAGGAUACAAGAGCUGAAAGAUCUAGGAGAGCUCUCUCCACACUGGGACAACCUGCGGAAGGACGUGAUCUCUCGCUAUGACCAGAUCAUCAAAGAAUACCAGGACACGCUGGCGGAGCUGGAGAAACUUACUGGCCCGUUGUUCAAGCCCAGCUGCAGCAAAGGCCAGAAAUAUCUGGAGUUCAUUCCCAUCAACCUGCACACACAGAGAAUGCGGGUGACGUGUCCAAGGAAAACAGAUUCCUUCUAUGAUGUGGUCACAGUAGGAGCUCCAGCAGCCCAUUCGCACGGCUUCAAGAACGGAGGCUUGCAGAAACUGCUCAGCAAAUAUGAAACCGAGAAGAAGAGCUUCAGCACAGCGUAUCAGUGCAUUUACUAUCCUCCAGAACAGGCGGCCAAGGCCCGCGAGAUCCUGUGUGUGGUGUCCCAGCUGCAGCCGCACAUCUCUGCGCUGGCCGACCAGCUGCUCCAGACGGCCCAUCAGAGCCCCAUCCAGCCUCUCCGAGACAUCCUCAAGAGCCUGGAGGAGAAGACGGAGCAGUUUGUUCAUGCCCUGAAGGAUGAGCUGGUGAAGAGCGCCCUCCUGGCGCUGCACGCCGCCCGUCCUGGGUACAUCAGCAAAAGUCAGACUUCUGCUCCGUCCAGCCCACACCCCGGAGCCACCGAGGAGCCGCACAGCGUCUGUAACAAUGUGGACGGCUCUCAGACCCCGUCGAAAGAGAGCCGAGCAUCUCCCAUCCGCUCAGACUCCAUCCCGCACCACAAGGAGUACGACGAGGAGGAAUGGGACAGGGUCUGGGCCAGUGUGGCGAAGAGUUUGAACUGUGUCAUCGCCCUGGUGGAUAAACUACAGGAACAAGACAACAACAACCUGGAACCAGCACCCAGCCACACGCUCGCUGACGUCAUCACCUCACACAAUCCUGAUCCUCCCCUGACAGCUGCAGUUUGUCGGGAUCAGCUCGGCGUAAAGGUUCAGUCAUUGAAGGAGUGUGUGGCAGAAGUGGCGGAGAGAGCCAGGUGCUCCGUGAGCUUCGUCCUGCUCCAGGAGGCAGCGUGCAGCACGGCACAGGGCCUGCAGCUGCAGCAGAGACGGGACGCUGUUUUCAGCCAGGCACUGGCUGCGCUGGCAUGUGGAUUUGUCAUGCGAUUAUACGCAGGUUUGGAAGAUAAGGGCUUUCUCAGACAGUUGCACGCCGUCGGGCUGGUGGCCCAGUUUGAGAGCCUGCUGAGUACUUACAGUGAAGAAAUAGGGAUGUUGGAGGACAUGGAGGUGGGAAUCAGUGACCUGCACAGAGUGGCCUUCAGGAUCACAGAGGCGGCGUCUGAGGAAGCAGCCAGCCUGCAGCCCACCGUCAGCGGUAGACGAGACCGUUACACUGUCGAGGUGCCUCUCCCACAUCAUGCCUUCCAAGCGCUCCCGGAUGAGCUGCGCCAGGGCAAGCCGUUACACGUGCUCCCUGUGCUCUUCAACGUGGGCAUAAACGAGCAACAGACCAUCGCUGAGAGAUUUGGUGACAUAUCUUUACAGGAGAGAAUAAACCAGAAGAACUUUGAGAUUCUAGAAGGUUACUAUAAAUCCUUAACCAACACGGUGCCAUCUGAAUGCUUGCCUUGUUUUCAGACACAGACAGACAUUAAGGAACUGCUCGACACCCUCGGCCAGAAUGUAGUAACCAAGAAGAGAAAGAAUGUGGAGAUCCUGUGGCUUGCGGGGAUGAUCUGUCGACGGAUUAAUGGUAUCCGCUUCACCAGCUGUAAAAGUGCCAAAGACAGGACGUCCAUGUCAGUGACGCUGGAGCAGUGCUCUCUUCUGCGGGACGAGCACCAGCUCAAUAAAGAUUACUUUGUGCGAGCUCUGGACUGCAUGCGAAGCGGUCGCUUGGCCCAGGGAGAGGUUGCCCAGUGGGAUGACCCUGAAGUGGGCUCCGUAGCUAUUAACAAGCCGGCGUCCCGCCACUUCUAUCCAAUCGCCCUUCUGCUUGUCAGCUCCCACCUGCUGGUGGUGUGGCUCAUUUUAAGUCUUGUUUUUUUGCUUGCGAAAUACCAAUAAACUGCUGAUUAUGCCAUAACCGAGCUGCGUCUAACUUCUUACUUGCUUUCUCGAGUGGUUCUUUCUGUCUUCACGAAUCACACUUUGAUUUCUGAUUUUCAUUUGGUAGUGACUAGGUUUGCAGGUAUUUAUGGAAGCCGGUUUUUGCCAAGGAUUUAAAAAUGAAAAAAUAACUUUUA